AUGGUAUCUAGAAUCACUUGUUGGACUGCCAAGAAGCUGUCAUAUGCAGGAAGAGCUCAGUUAAUUCAAACUGUCCUCUUUGGUAUCCAAGCUUACUGGUCCCAAUUGUUUGUUAUCCCCUCUAAAGUGCUAAGUACAAUUGAGGCCUAUUGUCGAAGCUAUCUGUGGUCGGGAACAAACACAAUCACUAGGAAGGCUCUACUAGCUUGGGAGAAGAUUUGCACACCAAAGUCAAUGGGUGGACUAGGCUUGAUAAACAUGAGAUUUUGGAAUAAAGCUGCAAUAACUAAAGCUAGUUGGGACAUUGAACAUAAGAUAGACAGGCUAUGGAUCAGAUGGUUGCAUGCAUAUUAUAUCAAGAAUCAGCAAUUUUGUCAAAUGGCUAUUCCUCUACAGGCUGGUUGGAUGUUAAUUGGGAACAAUGAGAGAAUUUCAUGGAAGACAUUGAGAUUUGGAAAUAAUGCUCGUCCAAAAGCUCAGUUUACAGUAUGGCUACAGAUGCAGGGUAGACUUCUGACUGUGGAUAGAAUUGACUCCUGGGGUGUAAAUGUGGAUCAUGUCUGCAAUCUAUGCAAUAGUCAAAAUGAAACGAGAAACCAUAUUUUCAUGGAUUGUCCUUACUCUGUCAAAGUCCGGGAAGGUGUGCUAAAAUGGAUGAAGGUUCCUAGUUUCAGGACAACACAAUGGGAACAACUGGAGAAUUGGAUCAUUCAAAGAGCAAAGGGUAAAUCACAGAGAGCUCAGGUAUUCAAAAUGGAAUAUACAGAAUGGGUGCAUACAAUGUGGAUUGAAAGGAAUCAACGCAAAUUUGAAAAGAGAUCAAGGAGUGCACAUCAACUGGUGAGGGAAAUUGCAUAUGUGUGUAAUAUCUGUGCACCUACUAGAAUUAAAGAAAUGGUCCAGCAGCUUAGUAUUUAG